AUGAACGGGGUGACUCUGGAACUCCUGUACAAUUGCAGUGCAUCAGUGCUGGAUCAGAACAUCACAUACAUGAGCAUCAAUCGUAGUGAAUUGCUGCUGAUGCUCGAUGAAAUACUGACACGUUCCACCAAACGCGAGGUGCUCCGUGCUAACUUGAGCGAUUGCCUUUUGACAGGCCAACAGCGUCCAUUCGAUCUGCCCUGGUGGCAGAAGCUCUCAUGGUCAACGGUAUUCGCUGUCAUUCUUCUGAUCGCGACAGGUGGCAACAUCAUUGUCAUGUGGAUUGUCCUAGCCCACAGAAGGAUGCGUACAGUGACCAAUUAUCUGCUGGUCAAUCUCUCGAUAGCGGACCUGAUGAUGACAUUACUCAACUGUGUGUUUAAUUUUAUCUUCAUGCUCAACUCUGAUUGGCCAUUUGGAGUGCUGUACUGUACUGUAAAUAACUUCGUCGCAAAUGUAACUGUCGCAUCCAGCACAUUCACACUCGUCGUUAUAUCGUUUGACAGGUACAUGGCUAUCAUGAGGCCACUUCACCAUCACAUGUCACGGAGGCGCACCAUUGCUGCGCUAAUCCUCAUUUGGGUCGCCUCGGCGUUACUCGCCAUGCCGUGUCUACUUUACUCUACGACGAUGACGAAAAGAUACUCCAACGGGAAAUCGAGGAUAGUCUGCUACGUGCUGUGGCCCGAUGGUGACUACCUGAAUAGCAGAAGCGAAUAUAUAUAUAAUCUCAUAUUCCUCGGGGUGACGUACCUCAUCCCGAUGACGGUCAUGGCGGUAUGCUAUACGCUCAUGGGUCGGAAUUUAUGGGGCUCCAAGUCCAUAGGGGAGCAUACCCAGUAUCAAAAGGAAUCCAUGAAAUCGAAACGCAAGGUCGUCAAAAUGUUCAUCAUCGUUGUCCUGAUAUUCGCUAUCUGUUGGCUACCAUAUCAAGGCUUCUUCAUACUGCUCUACCACCAGCGCCGCAUAAGAGGCAGCAGUUACGUGCAACACGUUUAUCUGAGUUUCUACUGGCUGGCCAUGGCGAAUGCAAUGGUCAAUCCUCUUAUAUACUACUGGAUGAACAACAGAUUUCGAGUGUACUUCCAGCAAAUCAUCUGUAGAUGCUGCGUGGUAGGUCGGGGAAAUACAAGAAGUCGUCAAAUGCACGAAUUGACAGGAUUACGCCGGUCUGACACAGCCCAUUCUCAUUCCGGGCGAUACAGAACAACAUCGAUACGGUGGCGUCACAGCACUGGCGAUAGCCAGGUCCAGACAUUCAGGAUGAACUCACGGUCAAUAUACGAGAAGAUCCAUGGCGGCAGACAGGAUGUCACUAUUAUUUGAAUUCACUCGUCAUUACCGAUUUCUUAUCGUUUAUCUGUAAUUAAUUUUGAUUGUGUGAAUCAAUUUCUUAUGCUUAUGCGUAAUGAAUGCUUGGGGAUUAUUGAGCCACAUUAUGGUUGUGACGGGACAUUUAAAAAUGGAGGGAAAAGUUUUUAAUAAAGUCGACCGGGGGAAACAGCGUCGGCGGACGGGAAAAUUAUCUGCCAACGGAAUUUUACAAUCCCUUUUGUAUGUGUUGAUAACAUUUUUUAAAAGUUUAAGUUGGGCUUUUGUUGCGCCUUGAAUAAUGGAGAAAUGGAGGUCAAAGGGAGAACUAAUGUACAAAUUUUUCAGCGAAAUUCAUCGAAGUUUUUUCCGCGUUUCAAUGCAACUCAAAUAAUAGGAUAUUAAUGAAAAUGGAGGAAAUAAUGUCCUUAAAAUUUUUUGAAUGUAUUGUUGAUUCUGGAAUUUACAGAUAAAAUAAUAUUAUAAAUUUCGAUAAUCGUUAUGAGCACCAGUUGGAGUUAAUGUAUACGUUAUGUGUAAAAUUUUCAUGUGAUA